AUAAAAGAAUCAGGCCUGCCCUAGCCCAUUUUUCUUUCCCCCUUAAAGCCUCGUUGGUGUGGCGUUAACUAUGCCAGAACCUGCGAAAUCCGCUCCUGCGCCCAAGAAGGGAUCGAAGAAAGCCGUUACAAAGGCCCAGAAGAAGGAUGGCAAGAAGCGUAAGCGCAGCCGCAAGGAGAGCUACUCCAUUUACGUGUACAAGGUGCUCAAGCAGGUGCACCCCGACACCGGCAUCUCGUCCAAGGCUAUGGGCAUCAUGAAUUCGUUCGUCAACGACAUCUUCGAGCGCAUCGCCGGCGAGGCGUCGCGCCUGGCGCACUACAACAAGCGCUCGACCAUCACGUCCCGGGAGAUCCAGACGGCCGUGCGCCUGCUGCUGCCCGGCGAGCUGGCCAAGCACGCCGUGUCCGAGGGCACCAAGGCCGUCACCAAGUACACCAGCUCUAAGUGAGCCCCUGCCGGGACGCCUCCCUACAAAAGGCUCUUUUCAGAGCCACCCAUCUCAUCAGUAGGAAAGAGCCUUGUUCACUUACGUUCCCCCUUAGUAAAUCUACUGUAGUCCAAAGGUAGUGGGGAGCUUUUUCUAGGCUGCUUUCAGCUUCCCAGCGCCUGAUUGGAUUUAUGAUGAUGUGUGUUUACCCCCCAACUGCCGCUGGUGACCUGUCCCUGCCGCCACCAGGGGCUGCUGUGUCAGGGUGGCUUGAUUGCGCAUGUUGUAACAUUUUCAGCCCAAAGUGGCUGAGUUCGGUUAUGGUGUAAGAGGAGACUCGACACAACCUGGAGCGCUGGGCGUCCACUGCGUGAUAGCUGCGUUCCGCCGAAGCUGGGAGGCACCGGGAGCGUCAGGGUCGCCAAGAGUGCCUCGGGAGGUCUCGCCUGCGAAAAAGAAGUUCUGUGAUCCCGGGGGUAGCCCCAGUCCAGCCUUUCCGUGAUUGGGUGGCAUGAAUAUUCAAAAUUCGCGCCGCUUGGUAAUUUGUAGACGUUGUUUUCCGCCUCUGACGUUGGAGCUUUGGGAUUUCUGUUAGUGAAGUUUUUAAAGAAU